CAUUAUCGCGCAUUUUUUUUAAUCUGGCAACACUUUCCGAUUUAAUCUUCAUCCUGUUGUCUUAUUCUGCUGGACUCGGAAAAAAAGGUACAAUAUGGCUACUCCACCAGCCAAGCUACAGGAAAUGCCACCGAAAGGUGGCUAUCAGAGCAUUCCGUUCGCUCGUGUGCCAGCAAAAAAAUACUUCAAAGGAUGGCAGCUGAUUGCCGCAUAUGCGGGCUUCACUACCGUCGGAUUAUCUGCAUAUUAUCUAAACUGCAAAGAAAAUCUGCGUAACGAAGUCGAGAUGCGUUCAGCACGAAACGUGAUUUACGCCCUGCUGCUUGCCGAGAGAGACCGAGAAUACUUGAAGCAGAUACGAAGAAACCGUGACGAGGAGACUGAGCUUAUGAAAAAUGUUAAGGGCUGGGAGGUCGGUACCUGGUAUGGCGAACCGGUCUUCAAGACUCUACCUAAGGAUAAAUUUAUCGACCCAACCUUCCAGGAGUUUUACGUUCACACGGAAUACAAAGAAAUGGCCAAGCGUAAGAACGUCAAACUGCUCAGUUGAAUUAAUUACACAACCUCUGCGACAAAUGAAAUGCAGAUUUGGGGUACUGCUCUGAUUGCUUAGUAAUCAAUUGCAUUGAAUAAACACGUUUUCAUUUAGUCAUGUAAUAA